AUGAAGCUGGCAUUCUUCGACGAUUUCAAGUUGGGAGUAGUUAAGGGUGACAACGUGGUAGACGUUUCUUCCGUCGUCAGCGGUGUCCCUCACACUUCUCCCCAUGACCUGAUCAACCGGGUGAUAACCGGGUUUGACGACCACCGGGCCAAUAUUGAAGCACUGGUUGCGGCGGAAAGCGGUGUGCCUGUCAGUUCCGUCAGGAUCCGCCCUCCUCUGCCCAAGCCUUAUUCCAUCGUUUGCAUGGCAGUAAACUACAUGGAGGAUGGCACCAGGGACGAGCCGGCGCCUAUCAACGCCUUUCUCAAGUCUCCCCACUGCAUUGUCGGCCCCGGAGACACGGUAAACCUGCCAGACAUUCCGGCUACAAUUUUCGAAUUUGAGGCGGAAAUGGCCUUCGUCAUCGGAAAGCGGGCCGAGUUCGUAAAGCCGGAAGAGGCAUACGAUUACAUCUUUGGCUACUUGAACUUCAUCGACGGUUCGGCCCGUGGCGUCUUGCCACCGGGUAACACCUUCUACCAGAUGAAGUCUCGCGCCACGUUUGCCCCCAUCGGGCCCUAUGUAGUGACUGCAGACGAGUUUACCGACCCGCUGAACCGGCAGGUUGUUCUCAAAGUCAAUGGAGAGGUCAUGCAGAACUACAACACCAGUGACAUGGCUCACAAGAUUCCCAGGAUCAUGGAGUGGGUAACGUCCAUCCACCCGCUGGAGCCAGGUGAUAUUGUAGCCACUGGAACCAACCACCGUGGCCUGAGCGCGUUGAUGGAUGGUGAUGUGUUGGAUCUUGAGGUCGAGGGUCUUGGCAACCUGAAUCUUAACUUUAAGGACCCCCUGCAGCGAACCUGGGAAAGGGAGACUCGUCUUGACCGCCAGAGUCAAGGUUUUGACACCACUACGCCUCAAUUGACAGGUAAAUAUUCUUAG